AUGGUGUUUUCCUGCGCGAAACUAUCAAUAUUUAGCUGUAUACUGCACUCUAGGCAAUGUUUUCACGAUGUAACCGAACUAGGCACAUCAUGGAAGAAUACGGCCGAGCAAAAUGACACUCUCGGUGUCAGGAUCAGUAGAUUACUGACCGUUGAAUUGGAUAUGCAAGCACCACCACCACAUAAUACAUUGCUCCUCAGUCCUGGCAAGGGUCAAGAUAAAAAACUGGCAUCGAAGCAGAAGCCAGGAAAGUCCGGUAAACCAACAACGAAUGUUGCAUCAGAAGGAUCGUUACCGCAGUCACCACAGAAUAAGGUAAAAACUGAAAAGAAGGAAAAGAAGACAAAAGGAACUGACGUGAAGAGUAGAACGGAUAAGCAAACACCAGAACAAAGUAUAUCUCCAGGCAGUCCUAGUGGACACUCCUCUGCUGAGACCACGGCGCCUAGUGAACAGUCUGGAUCAUCGGAUGCACAGGUUGCAUCAGAAGCGUUGUCAGCGCCUUCACAAAAGGAGGAACAAUGUGAAAAAGUGAAAAAGAAACCCAGGGGACUUGGUAGUUCUCUGGCACAUGCUUUACGUUGGAAUAAGGGGGGGGGGGGAUCUUCCCUACAUUGGCCAUUCUUGGUUUCUGUACAAGUAGCGUUGUUUUACGGCUGCAUUAAAGGGUUGACUCCAUGGAUUAUUGGAUCCGCUGUUCCACUUGUCGUGACAAUAGGACUCAUGCUGCUGUAUGUGCUAAUCCGUUCCUAUAACCGAAGGGAUAAAGGAAAAUCUGCUGAACUUGAAGAAGCAACAGAACCAUCUGAACAAGUAAAGGAGAAAAAACGAUACUGCGUAAAUAGAUACCUGAAUCAUAAAAAGCUCUGUAAGUACAUGGACGAAGCAUAUGAGAUGGAUAAUGAUGAUUACACACAGCACGAAAAAAGAAACAAAAAAAAAAAGUUCAAGUGGCCGAGAAAAGUAUGUACAAUGCAAAAAAUGGUGAACAAAUAUGCAAAGGAAAUAUCAAAAGGUCACAAAAGUGAAUUCAGAUAUGAUAAACAAGAUCACAUAGAUGAUACAGGUAAAAUGGACGAAUUAUUAUUUGGGGGGUUCCACAAAUUACAAGAGUACGAAACGCACAAAACUAGUGCUUUCCUUUAUGAAAUGACUUGUUUAGAUGAAAGAUUGAGCGAUUCUGAAAUAAAUAGCAAAUUAAAUGAAAUGGAAGAAGUUCCUGAAAAAUGGGAAUUAUUGUCUCUAUACUGGCAAUCGUACAGAAAUGAAGAACAAAAAUAUCUGCUCCAAAAACUCGUAAACCCAAGAAACAACCAACCCAUUGAAACUGUCCAAAAAUAUAGCACGACCUGGAAGAAGUGUGCAAAGGUAGUUCGCAAUAAUUUUACAAAACAACAUGAACAUGUUAAUGAAGUAUUUUAUACCCUGAUGGCAAAGGACAAAUUGAGCAGAGAGGACUUCAAAAGAAUUCUAAAUGACUUCAGAGCUUCAUGGAAACAAGUCACCCUUAAAACAGCAAACGAAUGUAUGGCCAUUCUUAAAACGCCACCUGUCUCAGAAGCCAAAUUCUCGAGGUAUGAGGGUUCAGGAUACAUUGCUGAGGGUGAACGUUAUAUUAUUAUAGGGUUCUUUAUCUAA